GUAAACAAACCAGCAUGGUGAAAUACUAAAUUGGAGAUAAUUUUGUUGGUAUAUGGUUGGUAAGAAAUCGAAAUAUGACGAAAAGAAAAUUGUCGGACACUGAUGACUCAAAUCCAAAGAAACACUAUCAAGAAAUCAGAGAAGAGACGAAGCCCAAAAAAGCUCAGAAAAAAGAGAUUAAUUUCGACGAUGAUGCCGAUGGUGUUGAUUUGGUAGAACAGGAUGGUCAAGAUGAAAGUGAAAGGCCAAAGGAUAGAUUUCCAAAUCAAAUCCCUGUGAAGAGGACAAAGAAGCGUAAACAAACUAAAGGUGAAGCCACCAAACCCCCCACCACUAAACCAAAUCCAGAUCAGAGAGUGAAACUGGCUUUAAAAUAUUUAAAAACAUGGUACAAACACAGAGAUGAAUGGAAAUUUCAGAAAGUUCGUCAAAUGUGUCUUUUACAACAUAUGUAUGAUCAAACACAAAUAUCAGAUAAAUAUUUUAAAAGACUUUUAGCUUAUUUAGAAGGAUUGACAGGUGCUUCCAAAGAAAAAACAAUCAAAGAAGCAGGACAAAUACUUGUUGAAAAUGAUUCUGAAGGUGAAAGUGAAGACAAGGAUAAAGAGAGUGAAAAAACAGAUGUUCAAAUUAGAAGGGAGAGAGCAACACAAAUACUAAGAAUUUUAUCUUAGCAUUUUAUAAAUAAAACCUUUGUGCCUACUUUUGUAUUAAUUUUUAGAAAGAUGUACAUGAUUUUCAAUGUUAACAAAAAUUUGGGAACAUCAUAUGACCUAUAAAUGUG